AUGGUUCCCCCCAUUGUCAUUCCAUCCCCAUCUGUCACUGUUCCUGUUACACCCCGUUCCCAUCUUCCUUCUGAUUCAUCCUCCUCAUCCUCCGAUUCUAGCGGAUAUACCCCACCUGCACCCAUUUCAACUAUGCCCUUCUGCCCUCUUGCCACCAUCUUGCAGUCUUCCAUCAAACACCCCCCCUCCAUCACAUCUGGCAAGCUCACUCCUUCCCUCCUCCUACAGUGGGAAGUCGCUUGUCUUGAAUAUUUCAAGCGCAAAUCCAUUGCUGACCUUGACAAGGUCUCCCACAUCACCGGAGGAAUGCAAGACAAGCUCAUCUGCGAUUGGGUAAUGACCAAUGCCUCCACGCUUACAACUGUCUCCUGGGACGACUUCAUCAAACUCAUGUGCUCCCACUGGCUUGAGAAGGACUGGGAGGACAAGGUACUCACUGUGCUAAUACGGAUGACGCACGAUAACAACAACUCUCUUGAAGACUGGAUUGUCACCAUCGAAAAGCAGACACUCCUACGUGCCUCGCCUGCCAGAAACCCUUCUUCAAAUCUAUCAAGUGCUACAAGGACUGAAAGGAUGGACAAUGAACGCCGUGCUGACAAGCAUCGCCACAUGAAAGAAAUUGAGCGUUUCCUUCACAGUAAUUGCCACAUCUCACCUGCCACUACUCGUCCAUCUUUCUCAUUCAAACCGACUCCCAAACGCAUUUCCUCCUCUUCCUCCGCUACCACCAAAUCCACUUGCCUCGGUCCCCUCACCAACAAAGAGUGCGAACUCCUUAAGAAAUUCUUCGGCUGCUUCAAAUGCCGUCACCUUUUUGUCAAGUGUUGCACAAGUGACUGUAUGAAAGGAUUCCCGAAUGCAACCUUCUACACCACCUUAACGAGCGAUGUCAGAGACGUCUUCAAGAAAUGUGGCCAUCUCUUCCUCGAUUUCAACGCAAAGACACUCGACAACACCGUCACUGUCAUCUCUACUGUUCCCAACAACACUGACCUUGACGACAACUAUGUUGCUGCCAUCAAUGCCUACUCUCCCUUGGCCCUCACAUCCGAUAUACUUGGCUCCGGAACUGACUCUGAGGGUAAUAAGUGCGUUCUCGCUGACUUCACUGUUCCCCAUAUUCUCUGGCGUGGCUCCCUCCUCUCCCAUUUCACUGCUCCUUUGAUGAUCUCUAUGCUAAUUGACUCUGGAUCUCUGGCAGCUCUGAUUAGAGACUCUCUUGCAACCCAGCUUGGCCUCCAUCACCACACUCUCGCUAAACCCUUCCCGCUUGGUGAUGCAUGGGACCUAGAGCAACAAAAUUUAACUAAUAUUCCUGUCAUUUUUGGUAACCCUUUCUUGAAAUGUAAUCACAUCAUUGCUGAUGUCGAGGCUGGUAUCUUAAUCAACAAAAUCUCCAACCACGACAUCAUGCAGCCUAUAACACCACAAUCUACACCACAAUCUACAUCACAAUUUACACCUCCCGAUCUCCGUAGCCUCAGAGAAUGCCGCCAUGAUGCCACUAAGGCACACGACCUCGCUGCACAUAAUCAACUUGUGCAACACUGUGAUCUUAUGCGUGAUAUCCUCCUCCACACGCAGCCUCUCCUGGAUUCUACUGUGACCAUCUCUAUCACAUCUACUGUAGUGGCUGUCCCCGACGGCAUUGAAGACUUAGCGUAUCAAGAGACCUUAUCCCAUGAGAACGCCACAAUGAAAAAUCAGUUCACCGACUGCUUCCCUGAUGACAUUCACCAUCUUGAUUACCUCCCCACUGAUGUUUUUCACCGCUUCCAUCUCAAGGACCCCAACAUGGUCAUCACACGCUGA